CAGAUGAGUUGUACAAUUAUCCAACAAGCCGUUCAAUAAUCGAGCAGUAUGAGAUGACACAUAACCUUAAUAUAAGGACAAGGACUUAGAUCAAAAUCACAGGUAAUGAUGUAGACUGGUAAAAAAAAAAAAACCAAUGUUGGCUGUUCAUCAGCUGUCCAUGCUGGACCCAACACUAGAAAUCUACACCAAUAAUAUACAACAUAGAGAAAAAUGAACUUGAGCUCAUCGUACCACAAGUUCCAGGACAGCUCUCUACCAGUUUUUGGAAAACCCAAACCUAAGAUGAAGAAACCUGGCCGCCUUUUCUCACUAGUGAUUGUAGUGUUGGGACUAGGGAUCGUUCUUACACUGCUGAAUAUCUAUGAACUUCAUAAAAUGAGGGAAACUGGAGUGUUACAACAGGCCAAUAUGCCACAGGUGGAGGGAAGGACCGGAAAAUAUGCUGUCAGGAUGCCGGUAGUGUGGAUUGAGGGCAAAAAGCUGGAGUCUGGAUACUUGAAGCAUGUGUUUGCUGUUUUUGAGAGGAUAGGAUAUGUUGUUGGUGAUGGCGAGUCUGAUUGGGAUGUACUCUGGUCACAUGAAUAUCCAUUUGAACAGCUUGCCAAAAAAAUCUCAGAUCUCAAGCCUCAUCAGAAGGUAAACCAUUUCCCUGGGUCAGGUUACAUAACCAACAAGGUCAGUCUGGCAGUCUCCAACAAUCCUUACAUACCCAGGGCUUUCAAGAUUCCCAAGGAAAAGGACAAAUUUUAUCAAUAUGCAGAGGAGCACCCAAACACCCUGUGGGUCCAGAAAAGGAACAGUCACAGAGGAAUCAAGAUCAAACAUGUACAGGAACUAGACUUGUCAGAUGAAGGCUCUUUUGUUCAGGUGUUUGUUGAUCAACCAUUUCUUAUUGAUGGCAGAAAGUUUGACAUUGGAGUAUACACCAUAUUGACAUCCAUAGAUCCACUGAGAGUGUAUACUCUAGAAUCUGAGGCUUUAUUCAGGUUCUGUUCCCAAGAUUACUACCCUUUUGAUGCCCGUAACAUUAACAAGUACGUUGUUGGUGAUGCUUACAUGCCAGUCUGGGAGAUUCCAUCCCUGAAGAAGUUGUACAGAGAAUUAAAUUUCAACUUUAAGGAAUCAUUUGAUGCUUAUUUGGAAAGUCAGGGUCACAAUGCUAAGAAGCUGUGGAGAGAUAUUUCUGCUGCCAUCAAGACUGUUUACUUACAGAAGGAGGCUGCCAUCAUUUCUUCUGCAAGUAAAUACUCAUCUUCAAGAAAUUUCUUUGAAAUGGUUCGAUUUGAUUUUGCCCUAGAUGAGGAUUUAAAUGUGUACCUUAUGGAGGUGAACAUGUCUCCUAACCUGUCCUCAGGUCACUUCCAGGAAAAUGCGGAGUUGUAUGAAAAAGUUGUGUUCAACUUACUAAGUGUUGUCUUAGUCACCAGGCCAGUCAAAAAUGACUUCUCUAAAAGUUCGGAGGAUGAAGCAAAUAUGAGGGUCUCAGACAAAGAUAUAUCUGUGUUCCCAGAGUGGUGCCUCAGUAAAUCAUGUCUACAUAGCUGCAGGGAAGAGAUGUGUAAGUUAUGUAGCCAAUGUGUGUCUCUGACAAUGAAGAAAACACUGAAGCUGGCAUAUUUAGAGCAUAUCAAUAAAGGAAGCUGUGGUCGUGUCCUUCCACAGAAAAUGACUAAGGAGUUUGCUUUAGAAUGGUCCCCCUCAACUAAUGACCCAGAGUUCCAGAGUCUGAAUAGGAGGAAUAAGUUAAUGUACAUGUGGUUUGUUGGCAAGUGUAGACAGAGUGCUGCCUGGUGUUAAACCACACAAUCAAUCACCCUAACAAAAGAAUUAACCACUGAAACAAAAACUGCCACCAAAAGACCACACUGCAAUACAGUCGACUUCAGAAAUGUUAAAAUUCAACAAACAAACACAUUAUUUUUUUCAAUUUGACCCAAGUUCUAAAUUAGCAAAAUUGGCCAUGUGAGCAUAAUGUUUUUAAAUUUCUAUCUGAUCUAACAAACCAUAAACAAACCUUAACCAAUUACAUGAUUGAUCAUAACAAAAGAAUACACAUUAUUAGCUCAGCGGACCAAUAAUUUACUUCAAACUAAAAGAUAAUUCAAUAGAAGUGAUUUCAACAAUGUUUUAUUGCAAAGUUCUAUUUCAAAAUAAGCGAUUUUGAUAUAUUACGUGGAAUAGGCUGUAAUGGCAUUUAAUCCAUAAAAUUUGGAAGAAUUUUCAACAGAGGAUGAAGAGUUUAUCCAAAAGAAUGCAGAGUAAUUUAUUGGGCCAGAAAAAAAAUCAUUUGUUUAAACCAGUGAUCACCUACUGGUCUCAUCAUAUGCUGUGAUAUACACUGUACUUGUUUUUGUAAAAGAGAGACUGAAAUAAUGUUAUAGGAAAUAUUUUUGAUAGCUGUUUUUCUGUAUUUUAUUAAA